AUGCUCUGUGUAUUCACAUUUCCACUCUGCUGUCCUUUUGUCCCCACUGCAGGCCCACGGACACGGAAACUGAAAAAAUCGAAAAGUAGCAAAGAGGACAAGCGACCGCGCACGGCUUUCACGGCUGAACAGCUGCAGAGACUCAAGACAGAGUUCCAGGUGAACCGGUACAUCACAGAGCAGCGGCGGCAGGUACUGGCCCAGGAGCUCAACCUCAACGAGUCCCAGAUCAAAAUAUGGUUUCAGAACAAGCGGGCCAAGAUCAAGAAGGCCAGUGGCUUUAAGAAUGGCUUGGCACUGCAGUUAAUGGCACAGGGACUGUACAACCAUUCCACCACCACCAUUCAGGAGGACAAGGAGGACAGUGAGUGAGAACUGAACCAAACAGGAAGGGGUCCAGUCCCCAAAUUGAUCAUCCAGCAGGACAAGGAGAACAGCAAGUUAAGAACCAAACUGUCAGGGGCCCAGGGACUUAUCUACCACCAUUAUCCAGGAGGACAAGGAGAACAGCAAGCAAGGAACUAAACCACACAGGCAGGUGCUCAGUCCCGACUCCACCAUCAAAGAGGACAGUGAGUGAGGAGCCAAACCACAGAGGUCCACUCUACCACUACCAUCCAGGAGGACAAGGAGUGACCAGUUUAACUUGCAGGAGCCCAUCUGAACAGGCAGAAAACCAUGCAGCUUUAUUCAUCUAGGAGGACAGGAUCUCUGAGCUCCUGCUGACACUCAAACUGGUACCUGCUUACAGAGCAAACCAAAGAUUUCUAAUGGAAACAGGACCUGCUGAUUUGAAACAAUCCAACAGAAUUCAGAGCAUCCAGGAGCCGCUCACCCUGCUGCAGACACCUGCUUACCUCACCAUGUUCUGCUUCAGGUUCUGACACACAAUGAGACUUG